UCUUGCCGAUAGGUAGAGGUAAUCCAAAAGGCCCUCAAAACGGAUAAAUAUCUCACCAAGAAAAACUUAGAGAACGUAGUGGUUGGCACAGUUGAGAUGUUUCAGGGCAAUGAGUUCAACGUGAUUCUGGUGUCAACAGUUCGCAGUAAUCCUAAGAUGACAGCACACAAGCAGCGAUUCACUCUAGGCUUUGUCAGUAAUGAGAAGAGGUUCAAUGUGGCAAUGACACGUGCACGAGAUCUGCUGAUAGUUAUGGGAGACCCAAGACUCCUGAAAACUGAUCCAGUCUGGAACAAGUUCAUUCAUUACUGUUUGAAACAAGGAGCGUACCGUGGCAUUACAGGUUCUGAUGAGGAGGAAGAGAUGGAUAUUGUGACUUUUCUGCCCUCGCCAACCCUCCGAGAGCAGUGAUGCAGCAACAGUUUGAUUUGUUUGAGGAACCAACACACUCGGUAGCUGCAGAAUUCAACAUCAAAAUAAAUGUCUUUAACAGCA